AUGACANUCUGCAGGGAAGUCAUGCUGGAGGUUAAUAUGAAUAUGGCUGCUUUGGGUGGUGGUAAUGGGCUGGAGAAUGAGAAGCAGCGGAGGUUAUUUAAACCACAAUAUGCAGUGUCUUCAAAGAGCCAAAGUGAAUUCUGUACAAGUUGUAAUCUGAUGCACCAUCAGAAGAUCCCCUCAAAUGACAAAACAUAUAGUUGCAUGGAGUUUGGAAAGAUAUUCAGUGAGAGUAGUGAUAUUAAUUGCCAUCAAAGGAUUGACACAGAGGACAGACCAUAUAAAUGCAUGGAGUGUGGAAAGAGCUUUAUUGACAAAUGGCACCUUACUUUCCACCUAAGGAUGCAUGAAGCGGAAAGACCAUAUAAAUGCAUGGAGUGUGGAAAAGCAUUUGCUCAGAAAGGUGAUCUUAUUAAUCAUGAAAGAAUCCACACAGGGGAAAAACCAUUUCAAUGUACAGAAUGUGGAAAGAGCUUUGCUCGGAAAGGACAGCUUAAAUCUCAUAACAAAAUCCACACUGGGGACAGACCAUAUAAAUGCAUGGAGUUUGGAAAGAGAUUCACUGAAAAUAGUGACAUUAAUUGCCAUCAAAGGAUUGAUAUAGAGGACAAACCAUAUAAAUGCAUGGAGUGUGGAAAGAGCUUUAUUGACAAAUGGCACCUUACUUUCCACCUAAGGAUGCACGAAGCGGAAAGACCAUAUAAAUGCAUACAGUGUGGAAAAACGUUUACUCACAAAAGUAGGCUUAUUAUUCAUGAAAGAAUUCACACAGGGGAAAAACCAUUUCAAUGUACAGAAUGUGGAAAGAGCUUUGCUUGGAAAGGACAGCUUACUCAUCAUGAAAGAAUCCAUACAGGGGAGAAACCAUAUCAGUGUAUAACAUGUGGAAAGAACUAUGCUCACAAAGGACAACUGAAUUCUCAUGAGAGAAUCCACACAGGGCAGAGACCAUAUAAAUGCAUGUAGUGUAGAGAAAGCUCCAACAAUUUCAAUAGAAUAGAAUAGGGCUAGAAGGAAUCUUGGAGGUCUUCAAGUCUAAUACCCUGCUCCAGCAGGAGAUUGUCAUGGUUCCAAGUAACAUCCCCAACAGAAUAAAAACAGGCAUUUACAAUACAUUUACUCAUGAAGGAAGUGGGGAUAAUCCAUAUGAAUGCAUGGAGUGUGGAAAGAGCCUUGCUUGGAAAGGAUAACAUAAAUCUCAUAAAUUAUGCCCAUAGAAGAAACCAUAUAAAUCUAUGUAAUUAGCCAAUCAUCAAAGAAUCCAGAAAUGAGAAGUAAGAUUGCCUAGAACAUGCAAAGUUCUUUGUUUGAUCUGGAAUGUUAUUCAUGAUCCUGUGCGGAUUCUCUGAUUCCCAAGGAGUGGUCACAACACAACAUUAGCAAAUCUGUACAGUGUACUUCAUUGUGUCACAUGCCUUCCCCCCCACAAGAGGUUAUUGCUCUUAACUCUACCCUUCUGAACCUUGCAAGCUGAUAUUGCAACACAAAUACAUCUUUAAUAUUUAGUCCUUAACUGGAAUAAAAACUUUGAAUAUU